GUAAUAUACGCGCCUAUAUCGAGGACAGAACUUAACGGCGGCACUCGACAUCAUCUAGAAUAGAUCGUGUGUGUUACUUGUACGUACCGUGCGAGUUACGACGUGCUAGCUCAGUGAGUAGCUUUGCGAUUGAAACCCUUGAACGCCGAAUCAACAGCUUGAGUCUCGAAAAUAUAGCAAUCAUUGUUGCAUCAUUAUCUUUUGGGGAUCUAAACAUAACCUCAGUUGUAACCUUCACUUUAAUGAUAAACAAGGAACCGACUAGACAUUUGAGUGUUUUAAAGUUUUUCGAAUUUCACUCGGUUCAACGAACAACCAAGUUGAUAAAUUAACAUAAAAAUACACAAUGGCAGCUACCAGGAGAUUGCAAAAGGAAUUAGGCGAUUUGCGAGCUUCGUCAAUAAAAAACUUUACUAAUAUUCAAGUUGAUGAGUCCAACAUUCUUACCUGGCAAGGACUUAUAUUACCAGAUAAUCCUCCAUACAACAAAGGAGCAUUCAGAAUUGAGAUUAACUUUCCAGCUGAGUAUCCAUUCAAACCACCUAGGAUAAAUUUUAAGACUAAAAUUUAUCAUCCUAAUGUUGAUGAAAAAGGUCAAGUUUGUUUGCCUAUCAUCAGUGCUGAACAUUGGAAACCCGCCACAAAAACAGAUCAAGUGAUACAAGCUUUAAUUGCAUUGGUCAAUGAUCCAGAACCAGAGCAUCCGCUUCGAGCAGAUCUUGCAGAAGAAUUUCAGAGAAACAAAAGCAAAUUUAUAAAAAAUGCAGAGGAGUAUACAAAAAAAUAUGCUGAAAAGCUCCCAUAGUCAUAUAUUGCCAACCACUCUAUAUUUCUACAUGAUUAACAUUAAUGGGCUACUGUUCAUUAGUGUAAUGAGGCUGAGAAAAAUGUGUACAGUACUGUUUGACUUUUCAACAUGAAGUCAAUACAUUCAAACAGUACUCAAGUAUGCUAAACUCGAACAUUGUAGGGAUUCAACUUGUGUUGUAAUAAACUAUUCUGUAAUAUAAAUUGACUGCGGUUCAAUGCCAACUCUGUUGCAAGUAAAAGUAUGCUAUUUCAUGGUAAUAGUGUACUUCUACUAUUCUAUCUUGAUUGAUAUCUUCAUUAAUGUGCUUUGUUUGUAUUCAUCCUCAAUAUGUCGUCUAGAUAGUUGAAAAUAAUAUGAUUGGGUCAUAAAAAAGCUGUUUUUAACUUUUUUUUUUUCAUGAAAUAAACAAAAAUGGCAUUUCUAUAGCUUUAUGUAUUAACUUAGUUACCCAUUUUUAAUGCUUUUUUGUGUGAAAUGAAUUACUGAUAACUUAAUAAUAUUGAGGAGUAUACAGAUUUGAUCUAUAAAUAUAACAUAAUUGUACUUUUAAAAUCGUUAAAAUAAAGAUAUUUGCGAAAAUGAA